AUGGCGAUUCUGAGCGUGAGGGCAGACUUCUGCCAGGCUCAGCACAGCGUUUUUGCUGACAAGUGAGCUCGGGGGCUCUAUGUGCCAUAAUUAACAUUGCCUUGAAGACUCUGGAUACCGAGAUUGGCCUCAGAAAUUGUAGGCUUUUUUUUUUUUUAAUU